AUUGUGUUGAUGAAAGAAAGAAGGUUAGAACUUAGAAACACCAGUGAAAAAGAGUCACAAUCAGAAAACAAAACAUAGAAAGUGUAUUGUGUGUGUGUGAGAGAAAACUGAAAAAGUGAAAGAUGAAGAGAGAGCAUAAGCUUGAACAUGAAGAUAUGAGUAGUGGGAGUGGUAAAUCAGGUGUUUGUUGGGAAGACGACGGUGGUGGUAUGGAUGAACUCUUAGCUGUAGUUGGUUACAAAGUGAAAUCUUCAGACAUGGCUGAAGUUGCUCAAAAACUUGAACAACUUGAACAAGCUAUGAUGGGUAAUAAUUUCCAUGACCAUGAUGAAUCCACCAUCGCUCAACAUCUUUCAAACGACACCGUUCAUUACAAUCCCUCUGAUAUCUCUAACUGGCUUCAAACCAUGCUUUCCAAUUUUGACCCUCAACCUAAUAACCCUUCCGUUAACUCCGACGAUAACGACCUUAACGCCAUUCCUGGUAAAGCCAUCUACGCCGCCGACGAGUUUACUUCCAGGAAACGAGUCAAACGAAAUGAAUCCGUUACCGUUACUACUGAGUCAACAACAACUCGUCCUAUAAUGGUGGUGGAGACACAAGAGAAAGGUAUUCGUCUUGUUCAUAGUUUGAUGGCUUGUGCUGAAGCUGUUGAACAGAAUAAUCUAAAGAUGGCGGAGGCUUUGGUUAAACAGAUCGGAUACUUAGCUGUAUCACAAGAAGGUGCUAUGAGAAAAGUUGCAACCUAUUUCGCUGAAGGUUUAGCUAGAAGAAUCUACGGUGUGUUUCCACAGCAUUCCGUUUCCGAUUCACUUCAGAUCCAUUUCUAUGAAACUUGUCCUAAUCUAAAAUUCGCUCACUUCACUGCGAAUCAAGCUAUUCUAGAAGCUUUUCAAGGAAAAUCUAGUGUUCAUGUGAUUGAUUUCUCGAUUAAUCAAGGGAUGCAGUGGCCGGCGCUUAUGCAGGCACUUGCUUUACGUCCUGGUGGUCCUCCUGCUUUUCGGUUGACCGGAAUCGGACCUCCGGCGUCGGAUAACUCAGAUCAUCUUCAACAAGUUGGGUGGAGGCUUGCUCAAUUUGCACAAACGAUUCAUGUUCAGUUUGAGUAUCGUGGUUUUGUUGCUAAUAGUUUAGCUGAUCUUGAUGCUUCGAUGCUUGAACUCCGGUCACCGGAAACGGAAUCUGUUGCGGUUAACUCUGUUUUUGAGCUUCAUAAACUCAACGCGCGUCCCGGCGCGUUGGAGAAAGUGUUUUCUGUUAUUCGUCAGAUUCGGCCGGAGAUUGUCACCGUUGUUGAACAAGAAGCAAAUCACAACGGACCGGCUUUUCUAGACCGGUUCACCGAGUCACUUCACUAUUAUUCAACUUUGUUUGACUCGCUGGAGGGUUCAUCGGUUGAACCGCAAGAUAAAGCUAUGUCAGAAGUAUAUCUAGGGAAGCAAAUCUGCAACGUGGUGGCGUGUGAAGGAACGGACCGGGUUGAACGUCAUGAGACGCUGAACCAGUGGAGGAACCGGUUUAAUUCGGCUGGAUUCUCUCCGGUUCAUUUGGGAUCUAACGCGUUCAAACAAGCGAGUAUGUUGUUAGCGCUUUUCGCCGGUGGAGAUGGUUACAAGGUGGAAGAGAAUGAUGGGUGUCUUAUGCUUGGUUGGCACACUAGGCCUUUGAUUGCAACUUCAGCUUGGAAACUCGCCGCCGCUAACUCAGUGGUGGUUUCGCACUGAUUCAACUCGUUCCUUUUUGCAUAUUUGCACAUUGCACACAACCCCUUUUUUUGGAUAAAAAAAAAAAAAUUUAAUUAUUUCAUACCCACCAAAAAAAAGGAAAGGAAAAAAAAAUUGGGUUGUGGGGUUGAGUGGACAAUGUGCAAUUGUGCCUUGCUUAGCUGUGAACACUGAUUGCAGCCUGAGACAAGAGACCCACCAUUGUCCAUUCUCUCUUUCUCUCUGUUAAUUUACUUUUUUUCUGGCUUAGGACUUUCUCUGUUCAUUGUUUUUUAACCUUGGGUUGGAAAUGGAAUCUCUUGUAAUUUUUCAGGCUUAAUAUGUAUUUAUUUUAUGUUUUGACAUAUGUAGCUUGCUGCUGGUGGUAAUAAUAAAUAGAAUCUUCUUUUA